AUGAGUGAUUCAGUGGAAUUAAAGGUUUUCAAUAAGACAUGUUCACAAAUUUUGAAAAAUAGCGCAAAGUUCAGAAAUUUGAAACCUGAACAGAAAACUAAGAAUUACUUGAUAGGACAUUUGAAUAUUCUAGAAGAAAAUUUUAGAAAAGUAUGCGAGUUGUACGAUGCUUUUCAAGGCGCCGAAGAAGAUGAAACAGUUUUAGAUGAGUGUGAGGAAAAGUACGAUGAUACUAUGGAAACUUGCCUGUCGUACAAAGCUGGUAUUUUAGAUGAGUUAGAUAGGUUAGAUAGUUUGCAAUUUGGUGAAAAUUCCAGAGAUGAAAGUAAGGAUGGUGCCAAAUCCCAUAAUCGGCGGGAAUGUUUUUUGAAUAACGCGGCUAAAUCAUCAAACUUCCGUGAAAUAAGACUUCCUGCGAUAACUCCCCCAACGUUCUAUGGGGAUUAUGACAAUUGGCGUCCAUUUCACGAUCUCUUCGUCUCUUUAAUCCAUAGCAAUUCAUCACUGUCUAAAAUAGAAAAGUUAACAUAUUUGAAAUCUUGCUUAAAGGGUAGUGCAGCUUCUUUGUUAGAUUACCUCGAGGUCAACAAUGACAAUUAUGACCAGGCAUGGUCAAUUUUGGUAACGCGUUACGACCAUAAGCGGAUUUUGGUCACCACUCAGCUUAAAACAUUUUUCGAUCAGCCGGCAGUCAGUGUUGAAACAGCAGAUUCCAUCAAGGGCCUCUUAGACAAGUCAACAGAGGUGCUUCAUGCUUUGAAGAAUUUAGGUGUUCCUGUAGAUAGUUGGGAUGUUGUAAUUAUUUUCACUCUCCUGCAAAAAUUACCAGCAAAAACUCAACAGUUGUGGGAAGAAAAGCUUGGUUUAAGUACAGAGUUACCUACCUUUAGAGAAUUUUCAACCUUUUUGACAACUAGGUUUCGUUCUUUAGAGGUUGUUUGUCAGCAGAACUCCAAACCCAAGGUUAACUCGGGUUCGAGUAAGGAACAGUUGAAGCUGAAACCAAAGGUGCUGCAUAUGAAGUCGGUGAAGAAGCAGAAGUAUAGCUGCGCAGUAUGCCACAAGGGUCAGCAUUCACUUCGUUCGUGCCACUCAUUUUUGAAGCUGGAUGUUGCUGCAAGGUUGAAACAUGUGAAACAAAUCGGCGUUUGCGAAAAUUGCUUAGCUUACAAUCACAAAACGUUUCAAUGUCCUAGUGAAAAACGGUGUUUUCACUGCAACCAAAAACAUCACACGCUUUUGCACAUUUCUCUUAUUGCUCAAAAUUCUAAUUUCAGCCAAAAUUCUCAAAAUUCACAAUCCAAUCAAGCGAAUUGUUCCAGUUUUAAUUCAGCUACAUCGAAUGCGCUUAAUACAAAUACAAAUUCACAGUCUGGUAAUUCAAAUAAUAAUCAAAAUACAAACCAGAUUAAUCCAAACGCGAAACCAUUCAAUCCGAGUCCUAGCCAAGCUGCCACUUCGCAAAUUUAUCAAAAUUAUCACGUCGCAAAUCCCUUGAGUACUAUGGUGUUACUUGCUACAGCAGUCAUCCAAAUACAAUCAGCCAACGGAGAAUUCAUCAGUUUGAGAGCGCUGCUAGAUCCUGGUUCAGAAUCAACAUUCAUCACUGAACGAGCGGUACAACAACUUCGUCUAAAAAAAUGUCGUACCUUCAUGGAAUUCUCUGGUUUGGGAAACAACAAAAGUGGUUCUUGUCAAAGCUUUGUCGAUAUGAAAAUCAAAUCUCUACAUACCUCUUUUCAAACUGAUGCUAGGGCGUUUGUUCUCAAAACUAUAACUGGUUUACUUCCCAAUAGAGAAAUUCUGCCUGAUCAAUGGGGUCACAUUCAGGGUUUGUGUUUGGCUGAUCCUUCUUUCUAUAAACCUUCUAGUGUUGACUUGCUCCUAGGUAGUGGUGUCUUCUCCGAGGUCGUUUUGCCAGAAAUAGUAAGGGGAAAUGAGCCUGUAGCACCAAUUGCACAGAAUACUCAACUCGGGUGGAUUGUUUUUGGCAAUGCGCCAAUUCAAACUUGCCGUGUCCACCUACAGCUUGUUGAUAUCGAUACCCAGCUUCGAAAAUUUUGGGAAAUCGAAGAAUCGCCGUUUGAAGAUCCAGAAACUGCAGAAAAUAUCGCCUGUGAAGAACACUUCAAAACACACACCAGACGUUUGCCAAAUGGAAGAUUCGAAGUCUCACUACCAUUCAAAGAAGGUGUUCGACCAGCACUAGGAGCAAGUCAGCAAGGAGCAUUACGAAGGUUUCUCCAGCUCGAAAGAAGAUUCGACAACAAUCCUCAAUUGCAGAAGGAGUAUUCAGCGUGCAUCUCGGAAUAUCUUCAGUUGGAUCAGAUGGAAAAGGUAGAUGUCAGCCAAGGUGAAAUUCUCCAAUCACCAUUCCACUAUGUUGUUCCACAUCAUGCCGUGUUCAAGGAGUCCAGCACAACCACAAAGCUUCGAGUAGUUUUCGAUGCUGCCUUUAAAACUACAAAUGGGACUUCGUUGAAUGAACAUCUUUUGGUGGGACCUAAAACGCAAUCAAAUAUAAUGGAUAUCAUACUAAAAUGGAGAAAAUUCAAGAUUACAUUGACGGCUGACAUCGAAAAAAUGUACCGGCAGAUCCAGAUGAAACAACCAGACACCUUUUAUCAGCUGAUUUACUGGCGAGACAACAAGAUGAAUCCGCUGCAGCUGUAUCGAUUAAAAACCGUCACUUUUGGAACAGCCUCCGCUCCUUACCUGGCCACUCGCACGUUGAACAAGCUUGCUGAUGACGAGAAGGACAAAUAUCCGUUAGCAGCCCAGAUGAUACGUCACGAUAUGUACGUUGAUGAUUUGGUAAGGGGAGCAGACUCAGUACCAGAAGCUCAACAAAAGGUAGCUGAAAUCAACCAUCUUCUAUCAUUAGCUGGUUUUCACUUACGUAAAUGGGCGAGCAAUUCUGAAGAUGCCUUGAUCAAUAUUGCACCCCAAGAACGUGAAGUUGAUUUUCUGUUGCCUUUCGAUUCUUCUGAGCACAUUAAAACCUUGGGCAUAAAAUGGCUCCCUUCCAGUGACUCAUUCACUUUUCAGUGGGUUCAAUCUGAAGCAACUGAAGUCACUAAGCGAACCAUCUUUUCAACCAUUGCUAAACUUUUCGAUCCACUUGGCUGGAUUUCUCCGUGCGUGAUUUCAGCAAAAAUUAUCAUGCAAAAAUUGUGGUUGAAAGGUUUAGCAUGGGAUGUUCCUGUUCCUCUCAAUCUGCAACAAGAAUGGAUUUCUCUGCGAACAGAUUUGCCAAGUCUCGAAAAAAUUCGAAUACCAAGAUGGAUUUGCACUGAAAAAGAGAAUUUAGAGUUAGAAUUACAUGGUUUUAGUGACGCUUCUAUGAAGGCAUAUGGGGCAGUAGUUUACCUUAGGAUUCUGAACAGAAGCAACAAAAUUCACACUCACCUCGUUAUGUCCAAAACUAGAGUUGCUCCUCUUAAUACAGUUUCACUCCCUCGACUUGAGUUAUGUGGGGCUGUUAUGUUAGCUCGUCUUCUGUGCUAUGUAAGAGAUGUUUUGCAACUAGGCCAAAUCAAAACUUACGCGUGGACUGAUUCCACCAUAACUUUAUGUUGGAUAGCUGCACCGCCAUCAAAAUGGAAGACUUUUAUCAGCAAUCGAGUAGCCGAAAUUCAGCGAUUAACUAACGUUAACAUUUGGAAUCACGUCCCCACUAAACUGAAUCCUGCGGACUUAGCUUCGAGAGGAAUUUCGCCAUCAGAAUUAAAAGUUAACACUCUUUGGUGGCGAGGACCAGAGUAUCUUCAAUCAAUUUGGAAGUUCCCGUUUCCAAGUCCAAAAACAACGUAUGAAACUAAAGAAGAAAUGCGAUCAGUAAAGGUCCAGUUACAUUGCGCAAUAGAAUCUGAAAAUCAAGUUGCAAAAUUAUUUCAUAAAAUCUCAGAUUUGAAAAAACUGAUACGAAUCAUCGCUUAUUGCCGGAGGAUUGUUCACAUUUGCUUGAAAAAACUCCCGAUGAACCAUUUAAUUGAACUACUUACCACUUCCGAGUUACAAAACGCAACAUUUAAUUGCAUCAGAGCUGCUCAAAAACAGAUGUUUCCUGAAGAAAUCCAAAACUUAAUCAAGCAUCCAUCAUCAUCGAAACAUUUUGGAUCACUACAUCCGUUUAUCGACCGAAAUGGUAUUCUUCGAGUUGGAGGACGCCUUCAAAAUUCAAACUUACAGUUCGAACAACAACAUCCAGUCAUCCUCAAACCAGAACACGUCUUUUCGAAAUUACUCAUCCGGGAAGCUCACGAAAAAACGCUCCAUGGUGGAUUGCAGCAAAUGGUCACCAAUCUCCGCACCAAAUAUUGGAUUUUGAAUCUCAAGAGAAGCGUGAAAAAAUACAUUCAUAAAUGCGUAAUUUGCUUUCGAUUCAAAGCUAAACCCAUGCAACAAUUGAUGGGGAAUUUACCAGCUGUUCGAGUCAGAGUGUCCCGGCCAUUUACACACACAGGUGUAGAUUAUGCUGGACCGAUAGAGGUUAAAUCCUGGAAAGGACGUGGAGGCAAAAUCUAUAAAGGGUAUUUCGCCAUAUUUGUUUGUCUAGCUACCAAAGCAAUCCACUUGGAAGCGGUAAGUGACAUGACGACUCAGGCAUUUUUGGCAGCUUUUCGAAGAUUUACGGCACGUCGAGGUGUCUGCACUGAAAUGUACAGCGACUGCGGAAAGAACUUCGUGGGUGCCAAUACCGAGCUCCAAAGAAUGAUGAAGUCUGCAAAGAUCGAUUGGAAGCAAAUCACAACAACAACAACGAACGUCGGAACUAAAUGGAAUUUCAUUCCUCCCGCUUCUCCCCAUUUUGGUGGAUUAUGGGAAGCAGGAGUGAAAUCCGUAAAGUUUCAUUUGAAAAGGGUCGUCAGAAAUGAAACCCUUACAUUCGAGGAGCUCAGCACGCUUCUAACAGAAAUAGAAGCAUGUCUAAACUCGAGACCUCUUUGUCCAGUUUCCGACAACCUAGACGACUUCGCUAUUCUCACGCCAGCACACUUCCUGUUUGGAACAUCGGCCCAACUAGUUCCAGAAGCAGAUUUGGCAGAAAAGGUUUCCAACCUUGAUAGGUGGAGAAAAAUCCAAAUUGCUGUUCAUUCGUGCUGGAAGCAAUGGAGUAGCGAAUAUCUAGCUCGCCUUCAGCAACGACCGAAGUGGUUGAAAACCGAAGCACAGCCUCAAAUCGGAGACCUGGUUUUGCUGAAGGAUGAACGAUUGCCACCUUCUCAAUGGGCUCUUGCACGCAUCAUAUCUUUAGUUCCAGGAAAAGAUGGGUUGAUUCGUGUCGUCAACAUAAAAACGCAGUCUGGAGAGUUCAAAAGACCAAUUACAAAAAUUUGCCUACUACCAUCCAAUCGAACUGCAGAUGAAACCGCAACUAUCUAA